GCUGACGCCCUCAGGGAAGAGGAGCUGUUCACAGGUUUCACCGCUCUGGACUUCACACAGUCUGAGUUUAGAGGAACAUCAGCUCAGAGGGAAAAAGCUCUCCCACCAUAAAAGUCCAGGCCGAGAGCCGAAGCACCACAGGAGGCUCGGAGCUUUGAAAGACUGUCUUUCAGCAAUGAUGCUUCUGUGUGUGAUGCUGCUGAUUUUCUCUGGUUUCAUGGAGACCAAUUCAGAGCUUUUAAAAGUAGUUGGUCCAGCUGCGCCUGUUGUUGUUGAAGCUGGUGAAGAUCUGGUUCUGCCCUGUUCUAUUGAACCCAGGAUCAGUGCUGAAGAUAUGGAGGUAGAGUGGAUCAGACUGUACCUGAAUGACAGAUUAGUGCACCUGUAUGUAGAUUAUGAAGACAGAAAUCUGGAACAGAUGGAGUCUUACAGAGGAAGAACAAGCUUAUUCAAAGAAGAACUAAAAAAAGGAAACACUUCACUGAAACUCUCAGCAGUUCAACCUUCUGACGAGGGAGUUUAUCAGUGUUACGUUCGGUAUGGGAACUUGGAUGAUGAUGUAAAUAUAUAUGUUGAAGUUAAAGGAAAAGGUUUUCAUGCUUGGAAGAUUGUCCUCAUCUGCAUGUCAGCUUUUGCCAUUACAUUAACCGCUUUUACAGCUUACAUCGUGAAAGAUAAAUUCUCAAAAAAGCAGCUCUCUCCUGCACAAUGUUCAGUCAUAACCUACAUGCGAGUCCAGUCAGAGAAUAAGAAGGAAGAACUGAACCUGAAGAAAUUCAACACAUCAGAGGAGGGAUACAGAAGACUCAUCCCAGCUGUCACAAACUGCAGAAAGGCUCAAUUUGCUGGCUGUAGCCUCACUGCACUGUGCCUUGAAAUAUUGAGUACAGCUCUAAAAACAGAAAAUUCCUCUGUAAAAGAGCUGGACCUCAGUAAAAAUGACCUGCAGGAUGCAGGAGUGGAAAAGCUCUCUUCUGGACUCAAGAGUUCACACUGUAAAUUGGAGAUAAUCAGACUAGCUGUGUGUAAACUCAGCGCACAGUCCUGUAAUACUCUGACAUCAGUUUUACAAACAGAAACCUCCUGCCUGAAAGAACUAGACCUCAGUAAUAAUGACCUGCAGGAUGCAGGAGUGGAGAAUCUCUCUGUUGGACUGAAGAGUUCACACUGUAAAUUGGAGAUAUUAAGACUUGCUGUGUGUAAACUCAGCGCACAGUCCUGUGACACUCUGCAGUCAGUUUUACAAACAGAAACCUCCUGCCUGAAAGAACUAGACCUCAGUAAUAAUGACCUUCAGGAUGCAGGAGUGGAGAAGCUCUCUGUUGGACUGAAGAGUUCACACUGUAAACUGGAGAUACUCAGACUUGUUGUGUGUAAACUCAGCGCACAGUCCUGUGACACUCUGAACUCAGUUUUACAAACAGAAACCUCCUGCCUGAAAGAACUAGACCUCUGUAACAAUGACCUUCAGGAUGCAGGAGUGGAGAAGCUCUCUGUUGGACUGAAGAGUUCACACUGUAAACUGGAGAUACUCAGACUUGUUGUGUGUAAACUCAGCGCACAGUCCUGUGACACUCUGAACUCAGUUUUACAAACACAAACCUCCUGCCUGAAAGAACUAGACCUCUGUAACAAUGACCUUCAGGAUGCAGGAGUGGAGAAGCUCUCUGUUGGACUGAAGAGUUCACACUGUAAACUGGAGAUACUCAGACUUGUUGUGUGUAAACUCAGCGCACAGUCCUGUGACACUCUGAACUCAGUUUUACAAACAGAAACCUCCUGCCUGAAAGAACUAGACCUCAGUAACAAUGACCUGUAUGACUCAGGACUGGCGAACCUCUUUGCUGGAUUGAAGAGUUCAAUCUGCAAACUGCAAAUACUAAGACUAGCUUUGUGUAAUCUUGGAGUGAAUACAUGUGAAAGGCUAGGAUCACUUUUAAAACUGGAAAUCUCCCUGAAAGCACUGGACCUCAGUAAUAACGAUCUGCAGGAUUCAGGAGUGCAGCUGCUCUGUGCUGGACUGAAGACUGGAGACUGUAAACUGGAAAUACUCAUAUUGUCUGGUUGUAUGAUCAAAGAGGAAGGCUGUUCUUCUCUGGCUUCAGCUCUGAGUUCAAACCUGUCGCACCUGAAAGAACUGGAUCUGACCUACAAUCACCCAGGAGAGUCAGGCGUGAAGGUGCUCUCAGCUAGACUGGAGGAUCCACGAUGCACACUAAGAACUCUCAGAGUGGAACAUGGAGGUGAAAACAGAAUCAAACCAGGACUGAAGAAAUAUUCCUGUGACUUCACUCUGGAUCCAAACACAGCGUACAGAUUUCUCUCUCUGACUGACGGGAACAGGAAGGUGGAGUGUGUGAGAUCUCACUCGUAUCCUGAUCAUCCAGAGAGAUUUGAUUACUGGGAGCAGGUUCUGUGUAGAGAGAGUCUGACUGGACGCUGUUACUGGGAGGCUGAGAGGAGCGGGAAGGUUCGUAUAGCAGUAACAUAUAAAUCAAUCAGGAGGAAAGGAGACAGUGAGGACUGUCGGUUUGGACUGAAUGAAAAGUCCUGGAUUCUGAGAUGCUCUGAUAACAGAUACUCUGUCCGUCACAAUAAGAACAUCACUGAACUCUCUGCUCAGCCGUCCAGUAAGAGAGUAGGAGUGUAUGUGGACUGUCCGGCCGGCUCUCUGUCCUUCUACAGCGUCUCUGAUGAUCAAACACUGACGCACCUUCACACGUUCAGCACCACAUUCACUGAACCGCUCUGCGCUGGGUUUUAUAUUUAUUAUCGCUCCUCAGUGUGUUUAAAAUAAAAUCUCCUCCUGAGUGAAACACAAACCAUAAAAAUAUCAGGUUUGUGUGGUUUUAUGUGUAAAACAGUGUAAAGAUUCAGUUUUACAUCAUUUUUAUCUUCAUUCUUCAUGUG